CAGGUAAUAGGUAAGUGCAGCUACACCAAUGGGUUGUGAUAUAGUUUCGUUCAACGAGAGGGGAAAUCAGGGGAAAUCAGAUGGCGUUGCGAGUAACUCUAUGAUAAAUUUGAAUAUUUGUAUGGAGGAUGUAAGAUUUUUCUGAAUUUAAAAAUUUUGGAGUACGGAAAUGGAGGUUUUUGAUUUUUCUCGUUAUAAAUAAAACGUUCUGCAUCGUUUAAAAAUAGUUCCAGUGAAUAAUUAUUUUUUCUUGAAAUUUCAUGCGGAACUAUUUUUAUACGACAGAAAACAUUUUAAUUUUAACAAGAAAAAUCAAAAACUUUGAUUUCCGCACUCCAAAACUUUUAGAUUCAGAAAAAUCUCACAUCCUCCAUACAAAUAUUCAAAUUUAUCAUAGAGUUACUCCUAGCGUCAUCUGUUAGUCUUUCUACAUACAUGCAAUUUUUGCCAAAAACAAGAUGGCGAAAAUCACAACCCAUUUACGUAACAUGUAAACCUUGAACAUCAGUACUACCAUUAUGGUUAUAAAUGAGGUAGAAGGGCUGCCAUGAGGUCAGUAAGGUGUAUGAAGUAAAUUUACGUAGUUUUUACAAUAUACGUUCAGUGUAGUGUAGACGUUGAAACAAUAAAAAUAUAGCUAAAAUGACUGUCAAAUUUAAGCUCGCUGUGUAUUUGGUUGCGCUUAUGGCUGUAGUCAUGGCUGAUCAUGAUCACGGUCAUCACCACGGGCACUACGAUCACCACGACCAUCAUCACGGUCAUCAUCACCACGACGAUUUUGGUCACCAUCAUCACGAUGAUUAUCAUCAUCAUCAUCACGAUGAUUACCAUCAUCACCAUGACGAUUAUCAUCAUCACCACGAUGAUGAUCAUCAUCAUCAUCAUGAUCAUGACCAUCACAGACAUAGUGGAUUCGGACCCGGAAGCGGGCCGUUAGGUGGAUUUGGACUUGGUUCUGUGCUAGGAGGACCUUUCAGAAGGCCGGGACUUCUAGGCGGACUUAUCGGAGACAUAAGACAUGUUGGAAGAUAGUUGAUUGAAAAAAUGUUG